CCACCUGAUAUUAAUAGCUAGAUCUGAAUAGAUAGACUAUUACGUCCACGACCAACAAUCCAUUCAUCUUCGGACUAGAUUCUUCAGGUGGCAGCAUCAGUACAAUGUCCAGAAACAAUAGCGGUGUGGCAACAUGGAGUAGUUUUGCGACAUGACCAAAAUAGGUGAUAUCGCAGAAAGACGGCGCACCAAACUAACGACACAUCCACGGCUUUAUGAGCCGUCCGGUUCACCUUUCUUCUGUUCACCCUCUUCCGCGAGCCAGCGUCCUCUGAGAUCUUCCCUCCGUCCUAUCCGUCAUUGGCGAAUGUCAUUGCCAUUCGACACCUCUUUCGAAGAAUUGAUCUUACCUGAGGUUGAUACGGUACUGGGAGACCUACUCACACUGGCGAGGCAGUUGAUAGACAUGAGCGAUUCAUUGCCGGCCGAAAUGAGUAUCGACAGAGACGCCGUGGGAUUCGAAGUCGCGGGUCCGCCUAUCAACCCGAUAGCAGCCCCAAUGAACGGAACAGAACGCGUCCCAACCUCGCCCUACACGUGUACGGAGGCCGAUAAGUACACUGACGCGCACGAAGCUUUGGAUUCGUUUUUCCGAAUUAAACGGGUCUACAGCAAAUUCGGGAGAGAGGGAGUAAAGAACUCUGACCGAACUCAAUCUCAGAAAACUAGACGCUCAUUUCCUGCCACCCGUCCUAAUGUGGAUGGUGCCUCCGUACACCCAAGCCCCAAGGUAGAAGUGCAACGCUCGUUUAUACCAGGGCCACCGAUUUAUGCCGACGCGACAAUCCCAUUCGCUUACUCCCGGACUCAUACCCAGCCUAUCUCUCCAUAUGAUUCUUGCAGUCGUGCCAUUCCAGUUAGCGCUCCAGUCCCAAACUUUAAUUUCUCCAGCGGCUACGAGCAGUGGAGGUCUCCCGCUCAGAAUCCACCAAAUAACGCAUAUAUGCACUCAAAGCCUGGCCCGAUAGCCCAGCCAAACUUCACAACGGGGUUUAAUGCCGUUCAGCGCAUCGUCAAGCCCCAGACCAAGUCUCCCCGGGGGCGCCGAGUCUACAACGCCCCACUGGCGCCUCGUUUUACCGCUGCCGCUGCCCCUAGUUUCCCCACGAACUUCGGCAUCAAUCCACAUGAUGUCAACGCAGCGGAACGAAUCCCUCCUGCGGUUCCUCGGUUCGAUCUCGGUGCUCUUGCAGUCAAGCCGCCUGUGAGAGAACCAGAGGCGCAAACGUCGCGCGUCAUAAAGGCUAAUCAAGAGAGGCCUGUGUUUACCAAUCCCUGGGAUAAUAACAAGAUUAUCGAGGAGGAUACGUGGUCCGAUCCUGCUCCGGCCGCAGGUGUGCAGGAUGACGCACCAGUCGAGACCUCCAAUAGUCAGGAUCAACGUCCAAGCAACCACCUCUCGUACCAAGAUCGAAGGACUCGACUACAACGUCCCGUUCGAGCACAUCUUCGACCUUGACCUUGCUGACCCAAGAAUCGCCUGGUGGACUGAUCGUUUCAACGAGAUGCGUGCCCUUGGGAUGAUUUGACUCUGUACCUGUAUUCGUGUAUCCGACUGUAAACAUAGCAUGAAUACGGACAAUCUGA